AUGGCCACGAGGGAGCUACUCAUCGUUAUUCUAAACCAUACCAACGAGGAGCUCAACACAGAGCCUGAAUGGCCAACUCUCAACCACGGCCAAUGGAACAAGACGCCAGACUUACAGCCGCCGCAGACAAUUCUAGCAGGGGAGAGCGGCAUGCUACGCUGCAAGUCGAGUCAUAUAGGCGGAGGCCUUGAUGGUUCGAUCACAUACCGCAUCGUCGGAUUCGAGGGGAGGAACGAGGUUGCGUUUAUGUGGAGUGUCCCGUAUGUUGGGGCAAAUAAAUUUGAUGCCUCAUGUGCUGUAUCUGACUUUGGAGUCGAGAUCUUAGGCGGGCGGGGUAGGGAGGCUGUCGUUGUCUUUGUUUUUGGUGAGUCUGAUGCUUGCGGGGAUGGCGAGAAAGUCUAA